AUUUCAUUUCCUUAGAAUUUUGCUCCAUGUUAUUUAAAUGAUGAAAUAAUUUCAUUCUAACUACAGCUUAUUAUAUUUUCUGUACAAAUGGUUUCAUCAAACCUGAAUCUAAACCACAAUUGCCACUCAACACAAUAUUGACUUGAAACUUACUAAAAAUGAACUGUUGGCUUUCUUUGGAAUUUUUGUGGUUAUGGGCUUUCACUUAUUAUCAACUACAAGACUUUAUUGGUCACAUGACCCUAUGUUUCAUAUUGAAGCAACGUCUAGAGUUAUGUAAUUAGAAAUGUUUUUAAAUAUAUUAACAUAUUUGCACAUAAAUUAUAUUACAGAACAGGGGGACAGCCCAGUUAUAGUGAAAUUUUUGUUAAAUAAGACUAUUUAUUAAUAGUUUAAAAUAUAAAUUUAAUGGUGUGAUUUUUUCUUAACCGCUAUUUUAGUAUAGAUGAAAGUAUGAUAAGGUAUUAGAUAGGAACAGUGUAAAGCGACUAUACGAAGUUUUAAGGUGUGGGCAAUCUGUUGCGCUGUUAUCGGUUAUCUAGUUUGUCUGGAUGUCAUUCAGGUACUUGGAAUCUUUGUUCCACCUCAUCAAGGGAAACAUAGGGUCUGGCGUGUUUGCAAUGGGAGAUGCCUUCAAGAAUGCUGGCCUCCUCCUUGCCCCAGUGCUGACCAUCUUUCUAGGAUUUGUUUGUAUUUAUGGAAACCAUGUUUUGAUAAACUGCUCCAAAGAGUUAGGACGUCGCAGGAAGAUGAGGCAGUAUCCUACCUUCCCCGACACUAUGGAAUGGUCCUUCCAGACAGGGCCUAAGUGCUUCCAAAGAUUCUCUCAUACUAUUAGAUUUCUUGUGUCCCUUUUCAACAUUAUGGCUCAACUUGGAUUCUGUUCAGUCUACUUCGUCUUCAUAUCGUCAACAUUGCAUACGAUUCUCAAACGGCACGGAUAUCUAGUAGAUGUCCAUAUAUUAAUGGCUAUAAUACUGAUUCCGAUGGUGUCUACCGCAAUGGUCCGCAACCUCAAGUUCCUCGUGCCAUUCUCUGUCCUGGCCAACAUCCUCACGGGAGCGGGGGUGUGCCUCACUAUGUACAUCUCUAUGCACGACCUGCCUCCCAUCACCUCCAGGAAUGCGGUUGGCAGCAUUUCAACGAUUCCGCUGUUCUUCGGAACCGUAAUCUACUGUUUUGAAGGUAUUGGAUUGGUCCUGCCACUCCAGAGUGAGAUGAAGAAUCCAGACAAGUUUGGAAGCAGGUUCGGAGUGCUGAACGUAGGCAUGACUAUCGUGGGGUGCGCCCUGCUCUGGGUGGGGUUCGUGGGAUACCUCAAGUACGGGGAAGAUGUAGCUGGCAGCCUCACUCUCAACUUGCCUAAAAAUAGCCUGUUCUCUGAAGUAGUCCAGCUCACGAUCGCAAUCGGGCUCCUCUUUUCCUACGCCCUCCAGUUUCACGUCGCUGUUACGUUCGUGUGGCCUGACUACAACCGAAAGUACGGGCCCUUUAAGCACCCUGUGUUAGCUGAGUGUGGCAUCAGGCUGGGCAUGGCCCUUAUCACGUUUGUCGCAGCGGAAGUGGUGCCCAAGUUAGGAUUGUUCAUCUCCUUGCUGGGUUCUGUGAGUAGUACAGCCCUGGCUCUCGUGUUCCCACCUCUGUGCGACCUGGCACUACACUGGGACACCAGCUAGACUCACGUG